AUGGAAAAACUUAAGGCAAAAGAUCAAGAACGAAGGGAAGCUGAACUAGCAGAACUUCAUUCACUGGAACAGAAGUUUUUGUCUGCACAGCAGUGGAAAACAGAUUAUAGAGCACAGGCAAAGUGGGAGCGUUACCUCAGUUGUGAUGGAAGUCCUGACCCAACUGUACUGCAGGAAAUAAAUACUUUCAUGAGCUUAUGGCGUGAAGAUCAAAAUGAGGACAUUCAACUUGUGAUGGAGAAGGGAGAACAGGUGCUAAAUUUAAUUGAGAAGUUGCAGUUUAUUUUAUUGGACACACCACGAAAUGAGAUAACAGAAAAAGAAACAGUCCAGUACCAGGAAUCUAUUCUGGAAUUGCAGAAUCUGCUUCAUCAGAAGUACAAUGGAGCAACAGAACACCUGCUUAAAACAGCUAAUAUGCAUGAAGAUUCUGACACUGGAAAUAUGCAGGCAGUCAUGAAGGGUAAAAACGUUACUUUUUGUAUUUGGGCCAAUCUGAAGAAGAAAGUAAGGUUCAAACAUCACAUGUUUUAUGAUACACAGCACGGAUUUGAUCUUCCAAAGUCACUGGCUGUGAGCAGUGUUGCAGUUCGCAUAUUGCAUACUCAUUAUGACCACGUAUCUCCACUUUGGCUGCAGUGUCAGAGUGUGCCACAAUUGGAAGUCUUAGAUAGCAAAGAGUUAAUUCAGAAUUCAAAAGACAAUGCAGAGGAACCAGAAGAGGAGGAAAAGAAAGCCAGAGAAGAGCCCAAUACGCCUGCUGAAGAAGAAACCUGUUCUGAUGGGAGAAAGAGUGCUAUCUCACUCACAGAAAAGUGCAAUAGCAUAGCUGACAGAAAUGAGACAGAGGAGGAAAUUGAGAAGAAAUCAGAAAUCUUGGACAUAACGUCACAAGUUCAGGAUCCACUGAUGCAGGAAGAGACGAAUGAAAAAGAAGAGGCGAUAACUGAUGAAAACAUUGUUAAUUUGCAACAGUUUGUACCGGUGGGUGGUGUGUACCACAUUGACGUACUGCAGCUUCCACCUCAGGUCAAACACUUCAAGGACUGGAGUAUGGUGGAGUUACUCGACGGUGGAUUGGAAGCAUACCCGUAUCCCCCAGAAGAGGCUGAAGAUGCCACUCAUCCACCAAUACAGAUAACCCUUAGGCUUUCUGACAAUGUGAUGUAUUUUGAGGAUCCUGUGAUAGCCCGAUGGGAUCCUACAGGCCAACAGUGGAGAACUGAUGGCAUCAGCAACAUAACGUAUGAAACGCAGGAAAAGAAGAGUAUCACCCUUGAGAUGGGUGCCUUUUAUACAAUAGCACUUCUCCAGGAUGCUCAUCUCAACAUGCCUUAUCGGGCAUGGGAAUUGCGACCUACUGGUAUGGAUGAAGCACUACUUAUAGUUACUACAGUCUUUGCAACGAUUCAGAUACAAAUUAAGGGUAAUCAGUGUAUGUUGUCUUCAGUAGUGGUGGAAGAGAAGGAUGUGCUUUCCCACAUCACAGGAAAAUGGAUAAGUCCAAUUGUGCUAAGAGCAGUUUUGAAAAAAGCUGGUGUGAAUAUUUUCCCAGGAGAGUACUCUCACAAGUAUGUCUCUGUGAGCAAGAAGGCUCCCCUAGCAGAAGUUAGGGCCUAUCAACAGAUGGCACUGGUUGCAUCUGCUUUUGCCUUUGCCUGGAGCAAGUGGAAUGUAGAAGCAGGUCAAGAGCAAGUAGUGUUCAAGGUAAGUGAGCAUCUUAAAGCAGAUUCUGUCAAAGACUGGUCUCUUUACAUGUUUAAUGGUCAGAAGGCACAGAAGCUCAAGAUCACAGAAACCAGUGAAGCUUUUUCAGAAGAGCUAGAAGAAAAUUCUGAAUUUCACUCCACACUCUACCAUACGCUUAAGGAUGCUGCCAGCAAAGAAGCAAUUGAUAAAGUGGAAACAGCUAGCUUCUUGUUUGUUGAUGUUGUAUAUCAGCUACUGCUUGCUACGAGAGUUUUAACAUACUCUUAA